ACACUAGUCGCAUUCUGGGUGCCUCAAUACCUCCUUACACACAAGAAAAAAAAACCUCGGGUUCUUCCCCGUGGUUUAGCUAGCUAGCUGCCUCAAUCCACAUCUCCCUCCCACUCGAAUGCAGAUCUUUUACAUGAUAACCGAUCUCUACCUAUAUAUGAUAGACUCGAUUGAGCCAAUUCUCCACGCCAACGGGCAAAACAAACAAGCAACCAACCAAGAGAUCGAACUCGUCAUAUAGAUCCAUCUAGCAAUGGCGCUCGCACGCCGUCGGCCAGCCACCCUCCCAGUCUUUCUCACCGCAUUCCUCUACGCCGCAGCCUUCCUCGCUGGCCCGACCACGGCCAUGGGAAAGACGGGCAACGUCUUCGUGUUCUGGGGCCGGAACAAGGACGAGGGCUCCCUCCGGGAGACCUGCGACACCGGAAGGUACACGUUCACCACUGUAAUCAUCUCCUUCCUCGACGUCUUCGGCAACGGCAGGUACCACCUCGACCUCUCCGGCCACGACGUCUCCGCCGUCGGCGCCGACAUCAAGCACUGCCAGUCCACGGGCAAGCUCAUCUUCCUCUCCAUCGGGGGCUUCGGCGGCCAGUACUCCCUACCGACCCGCAGGUCGGCGGCGGACGUGGCCGACUACCUCUGGAACGCCUACAUGCUCGGAACCCGCAAGGGCGUCAGCCGCCCGUUCGGCGACGCCUACGUCGACGGCAUCAACUUCUUCAUCGACGGUGCCGCCGGCGCGCGGCCGGAAAACUACGACGAGCUGGCCAGGCGGCUCUGGGACUACAACAAGGCGUACCGCGGCAGAACGCCGGUGCAGCUGUCCGCAACGCCGCGGUGCGGGUACCCGGACAGGCGCGUGGAGCGGGCGCUCGCCACGGGGCUGUUCAACCGCAUCUUCGUCAGGUUCUACGAUGAACCCCGCUGCGCCGCCCACUUGGAGCAGGAGUGGGACAGAUGGGCGGCGGCGCAACCGCACGCGCAGAUCUACCUCGGCCUGCCGGCUUCGGAGCGGAAGGUCGGCUACGUGCACCCCAAGAACCUCCACGCUGUUAUGCCGGUGGUGCAGAAGGCGGCCAACUACGGCGGGGUCGUGAUCUGGGAGCGCUACGAGGACAAGCGGACCGGCUACAGCACCUACGCCAUCCAAUGGGCUUGAGUUGAGCCUCCUAUACGGACUACUCAUCGUGUGAAUUUGCUUAUCUUACAAGUGUGCAGUUGUCUGGGUUGUGCAGGAAUAAAGUGAGAUCUUUGUGUAUAUCAGGAUUAAUAAGUACUCCCUUCGUCCUAUAAUUUAAGACAUUUUUCUUAUAUUAUAGGAUGGAGAGAGUAUAUAGAUUAUCUGUUGAACUGUUGAGUCGCCUUUUCUUUUCUUUGUCACUGUUCCAAAUGGAUUCUAUGUGGAUCUUUGGACGACCAACACUUUCUUUGCGUAGAGAUAUAUAUUCUAAAUUGCUCGAAAAGUGGCAUAUAAAGUUUCA